AUGGAUGGACCACCGCCGCCGCCACCGCCGCCUCACGGCGAAAACCCUCAUACCACCGAGGGCGAAUAUCGCAAGGCCUCCGACAUGCCGCCUGGCAACUACGAUAUCUUCAUUGUCCCACCUCACUCUGCUGGUUCCGGAUUCCUCUACCUCCCGUCGCUAAAAUGCCACCGAAAUAGCUUCAUUGCGGGCGCCGCAAGUACCCUGUCCGUGGUCUUGAUCUGGUCUAUGGUCGCGCCGUUCGUAAAGACAUGGUGGGUCGCAGUCAUGGCUAGCAAUAACAACAUUGGGAUGGUAGUGAUUGCGCUUGGAGUUGGAGUGGCUGGUUGGGCCUUUGGCAUGUCCCAGUCCAAUGGUAGUGCCAACGGUGGCAAGCGAUUUGGUCGUGGCUUUGGGUCUUUCGGGGGCUCUGGCGGGCAGAAUUCGCAGGGUCAAUCUUCAGGAGCCGACUACGGAAAUGGGCCUGGGCAGCAGCACCAGCCACAUGGAGGCAAUGGUGGCCCGGGUCAACAAGGACAGCAGGGAGGAAACUUUGGAGGUGGACCAAACCGAGGCAACCAGUAUGCUGGCAAUCAACGUGGUGCCGGGCCAGACCCUGGAGCUCCUCCCAAGUCCGACCAUAACAAUCACGGUCCCAAUGGCGACGAAUGGGAAAAGGCGCGGGAAGAGACGAAGCGCAAGGAGGAGCUGCGCCGCAAGAUGGAGGAGUUUAGGCGCAAGCGAGAAGCUGAAGCAAAGGAAAAGGAGAGGAAACGGGAAAGAGAAGCGAUGGAGAAGGAGUUGAAAGAGCGCCGUGAACAGCUCGAGCGUGAGAUGGCUGCUGCCAGAGAGAAGGCAGAGAAGGAAGCCCGCGAACGGGCAGAAAAGGAAGCUGCCGAAGCUCGCGUGAAACUCGAAAAGGCCGCUGCUGAAGCCAAAGCUGAAGCCGAGCGCCGUGAAGCCGAAGCCAAGGAGAAGGCUGCAAAGGAGGCUGCAGAGAAAGCUGCUGCAGAAAAGGCCGCAGCCCAGAAAGAGGCCAUGGCCAAAUUUGCUGCGCUCAAAGAAGCGGCAGCCAAGAGGUAUGCUGAGAAGAAGGCGCAGGAGAGCAAGAAGGAGAAAGAGACGCCGCCCAAGGCUGGAAGCGCAACCAGCGCACCUCGGACUCCCUCGCCUAAGAAACCGCCCUUCCCAACGGCUAAGACAACUAUUGAGGAAGAUGAUGCCUAUUCCUUUCGGCCCUACGAUCGUCCGCGACGACCGUAUGGGCAAGCAUCCGGGUCAUCAGCAUAUUCCGAGUCUUCCUAUGCCCCCUCUCAGUCGACAGCACGAACCACGCCUCCUCCGUCGCACCGCGGCACUUAUUCCACCAAGGAUCCAGAUAAGAUCGUGAUUCUGGGUGUCUACCAGUUCACCAACGCGUUCAUGAAGACGCCGGUGGCCCAGCUAGUUUCCGGGCAGGGGAUGGUUACUGACGGCCUCGUACUGCGCAUCACCACCGAAGGCCUAUUCGUGGACGACGACCUUCGGGGCGUUGGACAGCGGGAAUGGGACGUCAAAGCCUGGACCCUGAAAAUGGCAGAGGUGUGGUGUCCUCAGAUGGGAACACCACAGGGCUCCAAGCAACAAGCCUCCGGCAAUCCAUUCUCCUUCCGUCGCAGCGGCGCCGCACACUCAGUACCUACCAACGAGGAGUCCGACGCGUUCACCGCCAGUCUUCUCAAAGUCUGCAAAAAUACCUGCCGCUUGGCCUCUCCGAGUGCUGGGGCUGAGUUCCGCGGUCUUCAUGUUCUCCGCGCUAGUUUGCGGGAUCAAGAGGGCAAGCGAUACGUCUUUGUGCUGCAAGACACUGAAGCUUGGAAGGUUGCUAUCGGCCUUCAGCGCCUCCGUGGUGGUGCUCUCGUCCGGGCUCUGGGUGUUUCUGCCCUGCCGGCUCCGGACUGCAAGACUGUUCUCAACAAUCUGGGCUAUACUUGA